AUGACUUCUCCUUUGCCUUUUGUGCCCGUGAAACACAACAACUUCGUGCAGUAUGUUCAAUCGCACCCAGAGGCACCCAUCGGCAAUCUUGUCAAGCCUUACAACGACUAUGAUGCUUCUGCGCGAAAGAUAUUCGCUCAAGAUCCAUCAAAUGCUUUGGUGAAGGAUAACUACGCCAACAUUGUACCUCUCUACGACACCACUGGCUCCACAGACCUUCGCAUUCGGGCGCGAGACGUGGCUUCACAAACACCGGAACAGAAGGAAAAGUAUAUUCUGGCCAUCCCUGAAGAAAAGCGCAGAGUAGAUGGCUCACCUGCUGUCGUACCCACCUUCGUUGAGUUCCAGAAUAAUUUCGCUCUUUUCACUGAGGGCGCGCUGAGUGAAUUGGACUGGAGUAAUGUCGUGGCUGCUGGUAGUGCAGUGGUGACAUCUCUUCUACCCGUGCCAGAGAAGUAUCGCAAUUCCAAGCGUGGUCUUCGUCAAUACUAUCAUGAGGAGUUUGCUCCGGCAUCAGAUGUGGACUUGUUCCUGUAUGGUUUGACUGAGGCACAAGCCCUCGAGAAGAUCAAAGAUAUCGAAGACAAGAUCCGCAAUACCAUUUUGUACGAGACUACCACCAUCCGCACAAAGAACACUAUCACUAUUGCAUCGCAAUAUCCCACGCGGCAUGUGCAGAUAGUUCUUCGCAUCUAUCGCUCGAUAGCCGAAAUCCUCACAGGGUUUGAUGUGGAUUGUUCCUGUGUGGCCUAUGACGGCCAACAGGUCUAUGCGUCUCCUCGGGCAAUCGCCUCGUACAUCACUCAGACAAAUCAGGUUGAUCUGACUCGGCGUUCACCAUCUUAUGAGAAUCGUCUUUCCAAGUACUCUCACCGUGGAUUCGAAAUAUUUUGGUCCCCACUUGACCGGUCAAAGGUCGACCCGACAAUUUUCGAAAGAAAUUUCACAAGAACCGAAGGGCUUGCACGACUCUUGGUUCUCGAAAAACUGCCCAAGCCUGGAGACCGAGAUGCUUACCUGAGAAAGAGGCGCGAAGAGCGCGGGCGGCCUCCGCUCAGCGUUUACCUGCGACGUCGCCAAGGCAAAGAGUUGCGUGGCAACAUCAAAGAUGACUGGGAAGAUGAAGUACCGGAGUGGCAGGAGGAAGACCAAGUCUCCAAUUACCAUACUUUCACUAUCCCCUACGGCCGAAGGUUCAAUGCGCGGAAGAUUGAGAAGAUAUUGUACACAAAAGAUUUACUUCUCAAUGCGCAGUGGAAUCAGAAAAAGGACCGCAAGGUUUAUCUUCACCGUCACCCAGCCUUCUUUGGUGAAGCCGAACAUGUUAUUGGCGACUGCUGUGGAUUCUGCCCGCGACCAGUCACUAACGAAGAACGAAACUUAGCAGAAGAAGAGAGCAAGAUCUAUAUCUCUGGCAAAAUCAGCUUCAUCAAAGAUAACCCUGGUCGACAAGAGAUCGGUAGUUUCAACCCAAUCACCGAGACCGAUUGGACGGAGAUGGCAUAUAUUGGUCGCACUGAGCUACUUUGCCAGGCUAUUGUCUCACACGAUCUAGAAAGUGUGAAGGAAUUCCUUGCCCACGAGAAUUCAAAUCUAGAUCGUCGUGAUUGCACGGGACGUACUCCCCUACAACUUGCCUGCAUGUCCUCGACACCAGAGAUUGUUCAGUGUCUUGUGGAUCAUGGUGCUAGGCUGAUUUUGCGGAUGGCUGAUGGGAAGACUGCAUUGCAUCUUGCCGCUGCCCGAGGCGAAACCGAGAUUGUUCGCAUUCUAUUGAAGAAGAGCAAUGAGAAUGAACAAGCGGAAAAACAAAAGCCUACACCAAUGGAGGUUGACCAAGCCGAAGGCGAUGAUUCCGACGAAGAAGAUGACAACAGUGAUGAUCUCUCGCACACAUCUGAUUCGUAUGUGAAGGUGGAUAAAGAUGGAAAUGACAAGAUGGCGCCUACUCACGACACCAUCGAAGAGAACGAACUGGAUCCAGAUAUCUACGACAUUAAUGUGGUUGGGUGGGAUAACCUCGCAUCGCCGUUGCAUCUUGCGAUUCUCCAUGGACAUGUUGAAACUGUCACGGAGCUUGUCACUUCCUUCGGUGCUGAUGUGUUGAUGCCAAUCAAGAUCACAGACGACUACAGCAAGCAGCCAAGAGGUGCAAUUCUGACCUUGGUAUUGGUGCUCGCUUUGCCCUUGGACAAAGCGAGAGAAAUGUCGCAAACGCUUCUGAAGCUUGGUGCUUCGCCUGCCCAGGGUGACGUUUCUUAUUUUACACCACUCCAUUAUGUCGCUCAAUCCAAUUACAGUGACCUUCUCGACAUUUACCAGAAGCAUGACGGACCAGCAGUCCAACGGGCCAUCAAUCAUAUGGCAGUCCAUGGUACCUGGUAUGGACCGAUGAAUACUUUUUUUUCGCCUUUGGUGAAUGCCUUAUGUGCUAAAAAUCCUACUGGGGCAACGAAGUUGCUUGACAAGGGCGCAAAGCCCACACUCGAUCUUAGUGAAUGCUUGAAAGCCAUCAAGUCGCAGCUGCCCGAUGCAGUACGGUUUGGUCGGGAAGAUCAAAUGCUGGAAAAGGGGGUAAAGCAGCCAAUCAUUUUUGCGAUUGAGAACGAUCUGCCCCUGAUGGCUAUUGAUCUCCUGAAACGCGGCGUCGACCCGAAUACUGAGUUCAAGCCAAGACCCAAUUCAGGCGAGACAGUUGUGAACUUCACGAAGCGCUGCUUGAAAGGGCUGAAAGCCUACUUGAAAAAAGAACCUCCCCGACAACUUCAUUACGGGGUCCCUGACCGCGUCAUAAUUGAGCAGAACGAUGACUGUUAUUUAGCGGGGUUUCAAGAAGGGACCUAUAAGAUGCUUUCUGCAAAAAUUCAGCUAAAGGAUGCCAAGGAGCGCAACAAGAAGGCUGAAGAGCACGAAGAGCGCCGGAAAUUAUCUGAUGACAAGCCUGGCGAAACUGAGAAGAGAGCUGCUAUUGUGGAGCUGAUUCGCAAUUACGAGUUGCUUGAGACAGAACUAUCAUCGAGAAACGCAAAGACAUAUGAGGAGCUUCACCCGGACGAAUCGCAGCAUUCUGAACAAGGUCGGAAUCGGCAAUUCCAGCAGAAGGAAAAACCCAACCUGAUAUUCAAAAUUGAAUUCUUCAAGUUGUCGUCAAGUCUUACUGACGUCUCGAGAGACGGAUACCUACAGCUGUUCGAGGCUGCAUGGAAUGGCGAUAUCGACACUAUCAAGACACUCACUCUCGGCAUGUGGGGACCAGCGCAAAAUCAGCCACCGCUGGAGAUUGCCCGAAGUGAUGACCUGGGGCUUACCUGCCUUCAUAUAGCAGUACUCCGGGCUCAUCUGCGUAUCGCGAAGGCUAUAUUGCAGAUUAUCCGAGUCCAAUACAAGAUCAAGAAGCCCACAGGUCAACAGCAGUUUGAGAUGGACUUCGACUCGGACUAUGGGUCCUCAGAUGAUGAGGGCCUCAAUAUUAUCGGCCGUACUAUGGAUGACCAGUUCACUCACGAAAGGGUCGGGGAAGUUACCACGCAGGUCGAAAGUGACAUUUCGCCACGUCAAGCACUUCUGCGAGGAUGCCCUGCCCAUCUUUUCUUGGGUCAAGAAUUUCCCAAGGAAGACACACUCCGCCAGGUGAUGAUGACCCACCGACAUGGCUCUCCGAAUAUGAGAAUCAAUACCCUUUUCAAAUUUGCGAUUUUCAAGAAUGAUCUUUCCCUGUUGGACUGGCUCUUGAAGGCCGGACACGACUGUGCAGGCAACGACCCAUCCGGCACGACUGUGUUUACCCUUGGUCAGGAUGAGUUCCAGCUUGCUAUGGCUCUGGGCCAUACCGACUGCCUAGGCAAAAUAAUCCAAAGUACUGCCGCUGGUCUCCCACUCACCAAAAUGAGCAAAGAAUCUGGCGUUGAGGCUCGCGAGGAGCCACAGUACUAUCCCGGAUUGUCAAUUCGGGGUCAAAAGCGCAAGGACUGGGCAGAUGCUGGAAGACCUGGCAACAAUAAUUUCCUCCCAGGAUUUAGCGAUGCCGGACGCCCACCCCUUCUUAUUUCUGCCAUUCAGGGAAAGCUGACUAGCACCGAGUGGCUUUUGGGUACUGCUCCUAGUCGCUACUACCUCGAAUAUGUCAAUGCGCACCUGGAGGACGAGAAUAUCAAGAGAUUGUCCCAGUCUAAGCUCGGACUAGAGGCUUCUGUCUUGAACUGGCUCCAGACUCGAAACAAUCUCGUGCUUCAUUGCGCCGUGAUGGCUCGCCCCUGUGACGAAUCCGAGCAGCUGAUUCAAUACCUCGUCAACCAUCACCCUGAAUGCCUCGAGGUCAGAUCUUCCGGAGGGCACACACCUCUCGCCCUGGCUGUCUCACUUCACAGAUUGAGCUUCGCUCGCAUCUUAAUCAAUGCUGGCGCAAACCAGGCCACCCGCGACUCCCAAGGCAGCAACCUCCUACACUUGCUGCUAUAUUCCAUCCUGGGCAAUACUCGCAAAGAUCCCAAAAUCAUCUCUCAAAUAAUUGAGUUGAUGGACAAAAAUCUCGUCUCUACCAUGCUCAUGCAACGUGCUGGCGAAGCCUCGAGGACGCCCUUCGCACGCUGGUUGCAUGCGUAUUCGAAAUUUGACGUCUUAAACGCCCCUAAGGUCGCCAAUGGAGUUUCAGAUGUGGACGUGACCAGCGAAAUUACCAAAUUAUUCCUGAAUCUGGGGAAAGCCACCAAUCAAAAGUUCCUAGAGCUGCUUGAUGGCGCUGGUAACACUCCUGUGCAUGACUGCGUCAAGAAGGGCUUUCCGCAAGUCCUGGAACCCAUCCUCGACUUCCGGCCUGAUCUUUUGCACAGAGAGAAUGCCACAGGCAGCACCCCACUUGAAAUGGCCAUAGAUACAUGGGUGAAUGAGACCACUCGCACCGUUCCUAGGGUCCCCAUUCAACCGCAACGCCAAAACUUCCAGUGGCAGAAUGCUGUUAAUCGAGCGCCCGAGUUCUUUAUGAAAGGCUGGGAUUCCAGAAGCACAGCACAGCUCAUGAUCGAUGUCUGUCAGAAGCGGGCACAGCAGAGUCCCCAAAAGAGAAAACUGGUUAGUCUUCUUGAGGCAAAUGAAGUUCCCAAAAGGCUUGUUGUGAAGGGAGUGUCCCGUCGGGGUAACGAUGAUGAUGAGAAUGACGCCGAGGACCCGAGGACACAGGAAGUGAAGGAUACGGACCUUGAUGAGGUUGCUUUGUGGGGAGGGUUAGCCCAGCAGUGGUAG